UGUCUGCCAGCUGGACGAUGAGACCGUGUAAUUGCACAACGCAUUCUCAGGGAUUUAUAGUUAAUUAAUACAUUUUAUUUUUAGAUAUAUUCAGGGAGAGUUGAAUAUACAGUUAUGGACAAACUUCGAGCGGUUCUGGGUGGUCGUGAUGGAAACAGUGACAACCGAAAUAUACUGCAGGCGGCGAAUGAAGCGUCCACGCUGGGAUGGGGCACGCGCGUGAAAGGAUUUCUCGCCUGUAUGGUCAUCGGAAUAGUGUGCACUAUCCUGGGAGUGUGUUGCCUGUUUGUUCCCAAAGUAGGUUUGAUUCUCUUCAUUGUCUUUUACACAUUUGGGAACGUAUGUUCCUUAGUAAGCACCAUGUUUUUGAUGGGGCCGAUGAAACAGCUAAAACGCAUGUGUGACAAGACCAGAGCCUUUGCUACAAUUGUUAUGAUAACAUGUUUGGUUCUCACACUCUGUGCAGCUUUUUGGUGGAAGAUCUUUGGACUUACUUUGCUGUUUGUCAUUCUACAAGUUCUUGCUUUUGCGUGGUAUAGCCUGUCAUACAUUCCAUUUGCAAGAGAUGCCAUCCUGAAGUUUUUCUCCAUGCUCUGUUCUGUGUGUAUGAAAUGAAUAGUCAAGGCUUGGCCUUUCAUCACCCAAAGACACUCUGCUCAAAUACUUGGUGGUUUGGAAUCCACCAAUGAUCAUUGACAGAAUGGCUCAGUGGGACUCUGCUACUAUAGUUAUUGCCAGUUGGACAUUUUGCUGGAUUAUAGGGUGGUCAAAGUAAAAUUCCAGACAUGAAGAAUAUGUUUACAACAGUUUAUUUUUAUGCGUUUUAUUUUAAAUAUGAUGUAAACAGUUUUGGUAAGGUUAUAAGACAUUUUAAAGGGACAUUCAUAUAAGUUCAGUGGAAGUCAGAAGUUUACAUACACUUAAGGCGGGUGCACAAUGUAUGAAUUUGACCACGAUUCUGCCGUCUGAGACAAAUUUUGUGAAUCCUAAAGGAUUUCUCUCGUCGCAGGGCAAAAUUGGCAAUCUUAAAACGUUCAGUGUGACAUGUUCACAGAUGGCCGAUUAAUAGCCUUUGCGAUGAUCUUCAGCCUUCGAAAUUUGGGCAGUGUCUGAAAUUUAGCAUCGUAGCCUUAUUGUGUGACUGCUAUUACGAUGGCCAUGAGAUAUUCUGCUCCUUUCUCGCACCCUGAUUCACUUGGAAAGAAACCUGCUGUGUGUUUGCACCACCAAAGCAACAUUUGUGCCCAGUUAUCGCUCUGCUCAAGCACUUUCAAUGUUUUUUCUAUUUUUCAUUUUAUAUAAAAAGUUUUAAUUAAUAAAUAAGCAGAAAAUACUUCGAGAAAAUUGUAGCACAUCAGCAAUAUAAAAGUAUUCUCUGAAUUAAAUCAAUACAGAGCUUACAAAACGAAAAUAAAUUAAAUAUUGCAUUUUCUCAUUGUUUUAUAUACAUUUAUCAUGCAUUUUUACAACGUUAUUUUAAUUACUAUUUUACAUUUAAUAAAUGUACCUAUUUUGCCGUUUCGAUUCUAUUCCGCAACACUCCCGUAACAUGAGUCAUGUUCACUGAUCGGGACGAUUGGGACCACAGUUGGCUACGAUAUAUAUCGUGCAGUCUGACAUAAAGGACUAUUAUAAAUUGUACAGUGUGCACCUGCCUUUAGGUUGAAGUAAUUAAAAAUAAUUUUUUAACCAUUCCACAGAUUUCAUAUUAGCAAACUAUAGUUUUGGCAAGACAUUUGGGACAUCAAUUUAUGCAUGACAGAGUAAUUUUUCCAACAAUUCUUUACAGAGAGAUUGUUUCACUUUUAAUUGACUACAUCACAAUUCCAGUUAACUAUACCUUUAAGCAGCUUUGGCCAGAAAAUUAUGUCAAGCCUUAAGGCAGUUAGCCAGUUAGCUUCUGAUAGGCUAAUUGGAGUCAAUUGGAAGUGUACCUGUGGAUGUAUUUUAAGGCCUACUUUCAAACUCCGACCUCUUUGCUUGAUAUCAUGGGAAAAUCAAAAGAAAUCAGCCAAGACCUCCUAAAAAAAAAUUGUGGACCUCCACAAGUCUGGCCCAUCUUUGGGAGCAAUUUCCAAAUUGAAGGUAUUGCGUUCAUCUGUACAAACAAUAGAACGUAAGUAUAAACGCCAUGUGACCAUGCAGCCAUAAUACCAGUCAGGAAGGAGAUGUUUUCUGUCUCCUAGAGAUUAACGUAGUUUGGUGUGAAAAGUGAAAAUCAAUACCUGAACAACAGUUAAGGACCUUGUGAAGAUGCUGGAGGAAUCUAGCAGACAAAUAUCUAUAUCCACAGUAAAAACAAAUCCUAUAUCGACAUAACCUGAAAGGCUGCUCUGCAAGGAAGAAGCCACUGCUGCAAAAUGGCCACAAAAAUGCUAGACAACAGUCUGCAAGUGCACAUGGGAACAAAGAUCUUACUUUUUGGAGAAAUAGUCCUUUGGUCUAAUGAAACAAAAUUUGAACUGUUUGGCCAUGAUGUCCAUUGUUAUGUUUGGAAAAAAAGGGUGAGGCUUGCAAGACAAAGAACACUAUCCCAACCGUGAAAAGCAUGAUGGUGGCAGCAUCAUUUUGAGGGGGAGCUUUGCUGCAGAUGGGACUGGUACACUUCACAAAAUAGAUGGCAACAUGAGGAAGGAAAAUUAUGUGGAUACACUGAAGCAACAUCUCGAGACAUCAGCCAGGAAUUUAAAGCUCAGUCGUAAAUGGGUCUUCCAAAUAGACAAGAAUACCAACAAAAUUGUGGGAAAAUAGCUUAAGGACAACAAAGUCAAGGUAUUAGUGGCAGUAGUGAAAAGUCAAGGUAGUAGUGGCCAUCAUAAAACCCUGACCUCAAUCCGAUUUGUGGGCAGGACUGGAAAAGCGUGUGCAAGCAAGGACGCCUACAAACCUGACUCAGUUACACCAGUUCUGUCUGGAGCAAUGGGCCAAAAUUCCAGCAACUUAUUGUGAGAAGCUUGUGGAAGGCUACCCAAAAUGUUUCAACCAAGUUAAACUAAUUAAAGACAAUGCUACCAAAUACUCACAAAGUGUAUGUAAACUUCUGACCCACUGGGAAUGUGAUGAAAGUAAUAAAAGCUGAAAUAAAUGAUUCUCUCUGUUAUUAUUCUGAUAUUUCACAUUCUUAAAAUAAAUAUUCUUUAUAAGAAUAAAGAAGACAGGGAAUGUUUUCUAUUACAUGUUUUUCAAGAAAUGUGAGUUUAAAUGUAUUUGUCUAAGGUGUGCGUAAACUUCUGAAUUCGACUGUAAAUAUGUUUGGGGGUGAUUUGUGAAUGUUACUCUGCUGUCUUGAACCACGUUUCUCUUUUGUCUAAUAUUUGUAUAAAGAUAACAUAUCUGGUAAAUAAGUCUAGUUUUAUCAGCUCACUUAUGUUCUUUUGUAACGUAUUAUGUCUUUACAAAUGGUAUAAUCUUUUAUCAUUUAAACAGGUAUCACAGAUGAUCUGUUAAAAUCUUUGUGAAUUUAAAAUCUGCAAUUUGCUUACAUGGCAUUUCAUGGUUUUGCAAUUAACUAAAUUUAAUUUAGUUUAGAUUUAUUGGAGGUUGGAGGGGCUCUUUUGGGGCGUACAUGGACCUUUUGAGUUUAGAGAGAUUGACGCCAGUUGGUGCUGUCGUGCGCACGUUUUCUUUUUUCUGUUUGUUUGGUUCGGGGGGGGGAGUUCGGGGUUUGAUUGUUGUACCAAUGGGGAAUGUGGUCUUUAUAAUCUUGUUAUUGAUGCACUGUUUAUUUUUUUUCUAUUAUGUCAAAAUGUUAAUAUGAAUGGAUUGUCUCUCUCCACGUGGAAUGUGAAUGGGUUGGGGCACCCCAUAAAAUGAAGAAAGGUUGUUACUUUUCUUAAGCGUAUGAAAUAUGAUAUAGUAUUUCUUCAAGAAACGCAUCUUUCCCCACAUGAAGCUGGAAAAUUUGGGAGGAUAUGGGGUGGACAUGUUUUUUUUAGUGCUAGCUCAAGUAAGAGCAGGGGAGUCAUUAUAUUGAUAAAUAAACAUCUACAAUCUACAUCUCAAACAGACUAAUGAUAAAUUAGGAACAGUCAUUAUAGUUUUAGCUGAAAUUCUGUGGCAAAUGUUGAUUUUGGCUAAUAUUUAUGCACCUAAUGCUGAUGAUCAGGGCUUUUUUAAAGCUGCUGGCACCCCUCAUGUUAUAAUAUUGGGAGGUGACUUUAAACUUUUGAUGGAUUCAGUCCUUGAUCAUAGCAAAGCAAAAGUGUGCAAGCCCCCUAGAGCAACAUUGACGCUUCACAGGAUGUGUAAAUCUUUUGGAUUGCAGAUAUUUGGGUACUCUUGAACCCAUCUGGUAGGGACUAUAUAUUAUUUUCAUCAGUUCAUAAAAUCUAUUCUAGAAUAGAUUUUUUUUUUUUAUACCUAAGCCCUCAUUUCAUCUGUAGUCGACUGCUCAAUUGGAAACAUCUUAGUCUCAGAUCACCCCCUGGUCAGUUUAGAAAUUAUGGAAGGGAAUUUUGUCACCUGAUGGCCUCAGAAAAUUUACCCGAUUGAAAUAUAGAUAUAAUGCUAUUUUGUUGCGGAAUGUGGAGUUUUGAUUAUUCAGGGCAAGACAGUCAUACUUUGAGUCGGGGGACAAAGCAGGGAAGCUUUUGUCUAGAUACAUAAAACAGAGAGAUACUUUUCUACCAUUCCCUCAGUGAAAUCAUCUAGUGGUGAAAUAUUCACCUUGGCCAGUGAUAUUAAUAAUGUUUUUAAGGAAUUCUAUCUUGAUCUCUAUAGAUCAACAUCUUCAUCUACAAUAAGGAGUAAAUAAGAGAAUUUUCAUUUUUGUGUGAAUUAUUUCUUUAAGUAGCACAUGGGGGGCCACAUUGUACUCCUUUUGAGAUUCAAUGUUCAACAUUGAUUUAGUUCUUGUAUCU